CGAUAACAGCAAUCUCUCCCCGUCGCAAUGACCAUUGGCGGGGUUGCCCGGUGAAGUGCAGGUAGGAAAAAAGGGAUAAGAGGAGAACAAACGAGGAGUGGGUGUGCCACGAUGAUUCGUCGAAGUUUCGCCGACUGAUCAGGAGAAGUAACCUUCGGUCACCGCAGCAGAUACGUCAGCACACAGCUAUGGCGGACAAUGGGGAUGAGCCUGUUGAUCCCAGGCCUAAGAUGGAGGAGUCAUGCAAGCCCAACUGCGUCAAGCAGCUUCUGCAGUAUCAGGCAUGUGUGGAGCGGUUGGAGAAGGAUGACACAGGAGCGAAGCACUGCACUGGCCAGUCCUUCGACUACCUUGCCUGCAUGGACAAAUGUGUUGCACUAAAGCUGUUUGCGAAGUUGAGACCGUAUUCUGUCGCAAUGGAUGAAGAGGAGGAGCCUGGCGAGAAGAGGUAUCUGAAGAGACGGAUCCGGCCUGGAUUGAUCGAGCUGGUCCCCGACGACUCUGCUAUCAUUGUGCACUAUGAGGUGGAAGCAUCCGUUCUGAGACCAGAUGGGAACACCGUUGUUGUGGAGAAGAAGCCAAGUGAGAAGAGGAUCAAGGUGAAAGGUCUGACAGCAACAUCUGACAUAACUGCUUUGGCAAGCGAGAUUGUCAGUAAGUGCAAGGUGUUGACGCAGUCGAAGACUCCACAGGUUGAGCAGCUUCUGCAUCAACUUCUGCAAAGGCGGGAGCUAGGGUCGGGAAGUCGAUUUGAUGGAGGAGAUAAGGACAUGCAGGAGCUGCAGAAACGACGGAUCGCAGAGGAGAAGUACACAGAUGCUCAACGUCGUCUGAUUCGGUCAGAAACCGAGCGUGCACGAAUGGAAGACCUGGACUUGUACUUGGAAUGGCUGUAUGAAGGGAUGGAUGAGAAGAUCAAGGCUUCGUCCAUGGUUUGUCAGUUAGCUAGGAGAACGGAGAACAUGGAGGGGCUCUUGGCGCACACCACGCUCAUAGGUGCGCUGGCUCGAGUUCUGAGGGAGGAUGGACGCAAGAGUCUGGACUUAUGCCGCAACAUCAUUUCCCUCUUCUUUGCCUUUUCCAACUUCUCGCAGUUUCAUCAUGUCAUCUUGGAGCAUCAGGUGGGGAACAUGACAAUGAAUAUCAUAGAUCUGGAAAUCCAACGGACAGAAGCUCGCCUGCAGGCAGAAGGUCCUGCAGCCUUGGCUGUGUUGCCGACCCCCGGGACCGUGCCGUCUGAGAAGGAGAUCAGGACGAUGCAGCUGAACCGCAAGCAGGAAAAGUUGCUGUACAUAUCCUUCUAUCUGCUGCUUAAUCUCGCAGAGGAUGUGAACAUUGAGAAGAAGAUGAAGAAACGUAACAUUGUGGUCUACCUGUCCAAGAUGCUGACUCGGAGGAGCAUUGAGCUCCUCAUUCUGGUCACAACCUUCCUGAAGAAGCUGAGCAUCUAUCAGGAGAACAAGGAUGUCAUGGCCCAAGAGGCUGUGGUGGAUAAACUGGCUGUCUUUGUGCCUUGCCAGACUGAGACGCUGUUGAUAUGCGUCCUCAGACUGCUUCUCAACCUGUCCUUUGAUGCAAAGCUGCGGGAUGACGUGGUGCGGAAUGGGCUGAUACCCAAACUCGUAGGUCUGUUGCGGGCACCUCGCCUUCAGAACCUAGUGCUGGGCCUUCUGUACCACUUGUCGAUAGAAGAUAAGCACAAGUCAGUCUUCACCCCCACGGAGGCUGUCUCAAUUGUCUUUGACUUACUGGUAGAGAAUCCGGAUACUCUCUCCACGCCCGAGCUCAUAGCCCUAGCAGUCAAUCUGACAGCGAAUGAGAAGAAUGCAGAGGCCAUGUGUGAAGGUGAUGGGUUCGAAGUCAUCAUCUCCAGAGGAAUUCACAUGAGGGAUCCUCUGAUCUUCAAGCUGGUACGCAACUUCAGCCAGCAUGAGGACAUCAAGCCGAGGUUCGUACCUUACCUAAGGGACCUUGUACGACUCCUAAGAGCUCCGGAGACGAGCAGUGACCUUAUGGUCGAGGUCAUGGGCACGUUAGGCAAUCUGACGAAUGCGGCUUCUGCACUGGAAGGCUUAGUACAAGAAUUUGAUCUCUUACGCUUCCUCAGUAACCACAUACACCCCGGUGUUAUUGAAGACGACAUACUGUUAGAGGUCGUGAUCUUCACGGGAACUACGUGCACUGAGGCCUCUGCACCUGGUUUGGUGUCAUCAGGGCUUGUGCAAAAGAUCUGUGGCCUGCUGUUGGAGAGGAGGGAGGAUGAUGACAUGGUUCUCCAGGUUUGCUACACGUUUAGCCGGUUCAUGCUGUACGAAGCUACGAGGUCGGCCCUCAUGAGGAAUGUGCAGGUGGUUUGCUAUCUGGUGGAAUUGCUCCGGGAGAGAAACAAGGCGGUGACCAAGAUGGCGGACAAAGUUUUGGACAUGAUCAUGGCAGCAGACCCUCAUGCCGCCCCCAAGAUAAAGAGGAUGAAGUUUGAAUCGUACAACCACGCCUGGUUGGAGCUGGUCGAUGAAGAGAGCAUGGAAGAAGAGGAGGAUGACGACGAGGAAGAAGAAGAGAGGCAACUGUCCCCUUCUUCGUCAAGCUAUGCUGGAAGGAGGCAUGCAUUCAAGAGGGCUCUCGUCUCUUCUGACGGAGCCGCACACCAUCACCCCAGCUUGAUCAGGUCUAGUGAUGAAGACGAAGCCACCACUAGCGAUUUCAGUCCUGUGAGUGCCACUGAAAAUUUCUUAUCCCCGUGGAAAGACCUAAACUGCCCCGAUGACUUUCUCACCUCCAUGCAGCUCCAAAACGUGUACUGGAAUGAUGACAUUUAUUCGAGGGACUACAGCCUGAUGGACGAUGUCAUCGACUACCAGGAUACCCAUGGGUACCUUAUGUGAAAUCAAUCAGCCUGCAUUCU